ACAUGUGUCUCUGCCCUAAAAUUUAACUCAAAGUUGAACCACUCCUUUAAUACACAGUCUUCCAUAUAAUCUGCUCAGCCAAGUUCCAGGGCCUUCAGAUCAAUUUCCGACAUGGAGCAGGUGCAGGGAGUCCAUUUAGUGGUGCAGGGAGUCCACUUACUCGGGGGCGUAACUAAAGAGAAAGCAGACCCUGCAGUUGCAGAAGGGCCCAGGGCUGUCGAUGGCCCAAUGAGGCCCUAAUUAAUGAUCAGUUUUAAUGGAUUGUAGUAGAAAAAGUCAACGUACCAAUAUUUUGGGGCCCUGAAUUGAAUUUUGUGGGGCCCAAUAACAGUUAUCCCACUGCACUUACUGAUGCGACCAGAGACAGGAGCGCAUGGAAUUGCAGCGCAGCAUUAAUACCUGCAUCACACGUAGGAGACAGCAGAUAUCGGCAGGCGGUGGGGGCCAUUGGAAUUUCUCCUGCCAGCCCGGUAUCACCCUGUUGGUUUAUCAUCUUUCUCACAAUUCAAUUGCAUUGACCCUACAUGUGCUGGUCGCCCCGACUGAUCUGAAAAAACUGCGACUCGUGUCGAUGGUUGCGCAAUUAGCACGGACCAAUCACCAGUAGCGAUGAGCGAAUCUGUCCCGUUUUGCUUUGUCGAAAAACUGCAAAGAAAUUUUUCCUUAUGUCGACUUUUUUGUCGUAAUGCAUGAAAGUCAAAGGGGAGUUUUUUUUUCUCUGUGAACUUUUUUUGUUUUGCGAAAAAAAAUUGCACAUGGCGGAAUUUUGCUGCAACUCCAUAGCUGGCGAAUAAAUCCGCUCAUCAAUAAUCACGAACAACGUCAGCCCAUGUCCCACCCGUGACACUAGAGGGGGGGCGUCUGUGUGGGAUUUACUAGGGGCGACGUUGGACUGGUUUUCAGGGGGUGCAGUGGUGAAUAAUAAAAUUCUAGCAGUUUAGGGCCACAGUCUCUUUUUGGCCCCUGGAUCCUGUGAGAGCAGUCGCUUCCCCAUGGCGGUAGUUUGCUGCAUUGUUGCAAUUUCUCAGAUGCCUGAGAACAGGAGGGUAGGGCCGAGAGCAGGUUGAGCCGGGAGUAGGGCAGCGAGACUCCCAGUCACUCACUGCCCCGAGGGACUGUCUCUCCUAUUGGUAAAUACUUUCAUUCCACAACUCCCCGCCUCCCUGCACUGCAACUCUCAGCACCAACACCGGCAGCAGUCACUCCAGCAGCAGCAGAACCUCACUGAGCCUGUAUGGACUCUGCUUAAUCAACAGAAAAUUAACCAAUUAGCCCGGCCGUGUGAAGGUGUUAAUUACCAGCAGGGCUGAGAGGCGGAUCCUGCCUGAGAGGAGCAGCCGUGAUGCUGUUCCAUGUGCAGCCUUGGGCUGAAUGACCCAUUAUCAGCAGAGGAGACGGAAGCAUUUGGGAACACGGGCCAUGACCGAACUAUGUAACAUCCCAUCAGCUCCAGAUACUGCCAGUCAUAUACUUUCCCUAUUCUAGCCGACCAUCCCGAGUCCUAACUCUCCCGCCUCUCACACAAGAAAGGCGAGCACUGCCGGCUGCAAAGACUCAGCAAAAAUUUCUGCCCUCUGAUUGGUCGACAUACCUUCUUUUUUUUUUUGGUCUGAUAUUGAUUUUGAAUCUCAAAAUGAUUGAUCUCAGCUUUUUAACAGAAGCCGAACAAGAGGCCAUCCUGCGGGUGCUGAACAGAGAUGCUGAGCUCAAGAAAGCAGAGGAGGAACGUGUCCAGCACCUCUAUGAUGUUGUGGAUGAUGAGCAGGAACUAAAAUACAAAAGCGGUCAAUGGUUUUAUGAAGCAAAGUCAAAGAGGCACAGAGAUAAGAUCCAUGGAACCGAUCUGGUGAGAGCGUCAAUGAGAAAACGUAAAGCGCCACCACCAACUCUAGCUGAAUUAAGUAGAAACUAUAAGGAAAACUCCUCCAAGAAGAGCUGGGCCAGCAGCGUCAACAAGGAUGUGUUUAUUCCUCCAGAGCUUUAUGGAGUCCUGGAAGACCCAGAAGAGGAGCAAGGAGGCUUUGUGCCAGUGAAGGCUGAGGCCACACAAAGUUCCAAAAGAGUGAGCUUCUUAUCCACUGACAAAAACAUGGAGAGUCUGAAGAAUGAAAACGUAUCUCCGUCAAGGCAAAGACGAAAUCCCUUUAACUCUACAAACGAAGUAGAAGAUGAGACGGAACAUCAAAAGGACACACAGAACCAAGUACCUGUUAAUGGCACAGAUGGUGAAGACAAGGACCCCUACCCAGAUGUCUUGCCCUCAAAAGUAAAAUUUGGUGUGAAGUUGCCAUACCCAGCGCCAGGAGAAAUUGUCCGGCUUUCAUCAAGCUCUCGCAAAGCCUCUUUAACAAAUGGUGGAGAUAUUCCAAUACCGAAGCCUAGAACAAUACCACUGAAGAAAACGGACUCUCUAGACCAGUCUGCUUCCGACCUCAAAAGGGAGGAUUCCUUCGGUAGUACUGGCAAACCCAAAAGCAUUUUAAAACGCAGGUCCAGUUCAAGCUCUACAGAUUCUGAAUCUAUAAGAAUGUCCCAGAAAGCUGAUAUAAACAAAAUUGUAUUGCCCACCCCCAUUCUGCAAGUGGGAAAAAAACAUGUUUCUGCAGAACCUGUUGACGAGUCCCCAGAAAAUUCAUUGGAUGGAUCAAAGCAGGUGCGGUUCUCUGCAAAUGUUCACCAGAACCCUCCUUCCCCAGGGGCAGAUGCACUCGAUGGCAAAGAAAUUGAUGAAUUUGAAAUUCUAGACCCAAAUGUAUCCCAAACCCAGUUGGUAAAUCCAGUUCAUGCAUCUUCUGAAGAUUCUUUGUUGGUCACAAAUCCUUCCUCUGGUCUGGUGCUUGACAUGUUAAAAAAGACUAUGUAUCGGAAGGGCUCAGUGGAAAUCCCAGGCUUGAACGGGGCUUCAGUGGAAGGUCCAAGUUUAAGUACAAACUCUGCUAGUCUCAACGAAGACCUCCACAACAUCACAGAAAAUCCAUUUGUACAAGAAACCAAACCUGAAAUCAGUCUUGCAUUGGAGGCAAAUGUCUCUUCAGAUAAUGAUCCUAUUUAUGCCAUGGUGAAGAAACCGACAGAAUUGUUAUCUUCAGGCCUUUCCCAAGACUUUGAUAUGGAAGAUGCCCAUAAGGAGCCAAGAUUCAUUGGCCAAGGAUGGAAGACACAAAACAGUGACAGAGGAGGACAAAAGCUGGUGUUUGGGAUAAGUAGUGGCGGCGGUGGAAAAUUAAACUUUGAAACAAACAAUCUUUCUGAUAUACGCCAGCUAGAAAAUGUCCCAAGCACUGAAGGUACUUCUAAUAAGGAAAAUGAAGGGGCUUUCCUGGAUGCUGAAGCUAAUUCCAUGCCUGAUAUGGAAAGUGAACCCACUGAUGAUCCCACUGAUAUUUUUCCUACAUGGAGGAGACCUUCCAUCAUAACCAAUGAAAAAUUAAGCCAGUCUAUUACUGUUGACAAUUUAAGGAAAGAGCAAAAAGAUGCACAACACGCUGGUCUCCGAAAAUUCAGUGAACCUUCACAAGAAAGUGUAAUUCAGUCUGACUCUGCAUACUCUUCUGAAGACCUUAAAGGAGAGAGCAUAUAUACACCUUUUAAUUUUAGAAAUGUGCAAAGAGUAGAAGAUAAACCUGAUGGACUAAUGAACAAUUUCUACUCUAAAAGCAAACCAUAUGCAGUUGAGGGUAAUACAGACAAAGCAAGUGUCCGAUUUUUAGACCCAAAUCUUGGUGUAACAGGUUUACCCAUACCUUCAAAAUUUGAAGCCGUGUAUUUUAGAGAGAGGCUUAGUGAUGGCCCUAAGGAGCAGAUGCUUAACCCAGAACAAAAAACAUUCGGGAAUACAGAGGAAAAGAGCAACCUUAAAAAUGAUACAACUGUACCCCCAAGUACAUUUUUUAAAGAUGCAGUGUAUAUCAAGAAACCCUUGCAUGUUGACAAUCCACUCAGAAGCUCAAAUGAGAUGACCCCAGGUUCUCUUCUACCACAGAACAACUGUGAGAUUAUUUCUGAGGAAGAGUUAACAUCACAGAAAGUAGCUUCAUGGUUAGCCCAAACCCCUUCCAUACAUGGUGAGGAGCAAAUAGAUCUGAACGAAGAACAAAUGUAUCCAGGGGAGGUGCAGACUUAUUCGACUGAAGAACAUAUAUAUGCAAAAGAGGAACAAGUACAUCUAAAUCAAGUUGUUGAGGAAAGUGUUGAAAGGUCUAUGGUUAAUCAAAAGUCGAGUGCUGAGGAGUUUAGGAGUGCACUACAGAAACUUAAAGAGGAAAUGUUACAAGAUCCUCCGAUUACUGAAAUGGAAAAUACCCCUGAUACAGGAAAUGUAAAAGCCACUGAACCAUUCCAUUAUGCUGUUGACAAAAAUCAGAUGGGGAAACCAACUGCUUACAAGUCACUGCCAAAUAGCAGCUUUUUCCAACGUGUUAUGCAGAUAUCUCACAGUAUAAAUGAGACACCAUCUGCAUCUCCAGAUGAAAGACAAAUGAUUGAGAAACAAAGACCUCCUUCACCAGAGACAAAUAACCAGAACAACCUUCUUUUAAAGCAGGAGGAAGUUAUUAAUGAUCUUUCGCCACAGCCUAUCAGAGCUCAAACUGAUUAUGCUACUCCAUAUGAUAAACAUUACACUGAAGUAAUGAAUUCCACAGAUUCUGAGGCACAUGAAGAGCAAGUUGUUCAGGAAAAGGUUGCAGCAGUAAAGGAUGCCUUUAAAAUGUCUUUGGAAAAACUUGAAGAGGAGUAUAAUGCUGCCCUUGCCAAUGAAGCCCAACUAAUUUCAAGCUCUGAAGGAGGAAGAGAAGGCCAAGUGCAGGAAUCUCCUUCACCCAUCAUUGAACAGAGUGAGGAAGAAGUGGUUCCUGAAAAAGUUCCUGUGGUAAAGGAUGUCUUUAAAGUUGCCUUGGAAAGACUUGCAGAAGAGUAUGAAUCUACUAAAGUCACUGAUAGCCAAAUCAUUCCAAGCUCUGAAGAAGUUGAUCAAUGCUAUCCAUUAAAAGAAUCUCCUUCACCCACCAUUGAACAGAGUGUUGAAGAAGUGGUUCCUGAAAAAGUUCCUGUGGUAAAGGAUGCCUUUAAGGUUGCCUUGGAAAGACUUGCAGAAGAGUAUGAAUCUACUAAGGCCGCUGAUGCCCAAAUCAUUCCAAGCUCUGAAGAAGUUGAUAAAUGCUAUCCAUUAAAAGAAUCUCCUUCACCCACCAUUGAACAGAGUGUUGAAGAAGUGGUACCUGAAAAAGUUCCAGUGGUAAAGGAUGCCUUUAAGGUUGCCUUGGAAAGACUUGCAGAAGAGUAUGAAUCUACUAAGGUCACUGAUACCCAAAUCAUUCCAAGCUCUAAAGAAGUUGAUCAAAGCUAUCCAUUAAAAGAAUUUCCUUCACCCACCAUUGACCAAAGUAAGGAAUAUGCAUAUGAGGUGGAAGAAUCUGUAGAAAAGGUUACAGUGCCUGCUAAGUUCUAUCAGGAUGAAUUCACUGCUGCUCUAAAUAAGCUUCAAACUGAAGCAUCAGAACCAGCAUACACAACUGAGAGAUCAGAGUCCAAUAAGACAAAUUUUAUCAAUACUGAAAACAAACCAGAAGAAAUUAAGACCAAUGUGUAUUCUCCAGUUUCUCAGAGUAGACUUUAUGAGACACUAGACAAUAUAUACUCAAAUGUAAGAUUUACAAGUCCAGAUAAAGGAAGAGUAGGAUUGCCACAUUAUACAAAUUUUAAGGUUAUGACAUUAAAAGAGAGAAUUAGUGAUGGCAACAAAGAACAAAUGUCCAAUCCAGAACAGUUUCAGGGUUUAAGAACAUUCUGGAAUACAGAAGACAAAAGUUCUAAAGAACUUAAUGGAAACAACAAACGUGAUGCCCGGUUAAAGACUAAGGACAAUUUAAGGACUGAGAAUGAGGGAAGUCUGAGUGAUGCAUCUUCUGCAAAAACUGGAAGUACUCUAAAUGACCUGAGUGAUGAGAAUGCCUUCAAGGACAUGUCAUCAAAGGAACCUUCUGCUUUUGGGAAUGGAGCAAGUGCCUUUGAAAAGGAUAUUACAGAAAAAAAUGAGGACAAAAAGAAUAAUUUACUAAAGCUUAUGAGUGAAAAAGUAACUUCUUUGGAUAUCAAUCAACAUAUUGAAGAAGAGGACAUAGGAGCUAGGGAAUGGAAUUGGGAAGAAGGCCAAGAGGCUGAUAAUACUAAAUAUGUUUCUGAGAUGCCAAGCAGGGAUGUAGUUAUUUCCAAAAAGGUCUACCCCAGUAUUGAAUCUCUACCAUCCUAUAAGGAUACAGAGGAGAAAAACCUGGAACCUUUAAAUAACCCAUUACCUGAACCACAGGAGCAGGACUCUAUCAUAAAAAGAAAGCCUCAAGACCUUUACUUUGCUGGUCGUCCUGAAGUCCUGGAUAAAACUUCUGGCUCAGAUCAAUCUGGCUCUAUAACGGGAAGCUCAGGCAAUUUAUUAUAUAAGAAGCCAGAAAGUGAAUCGCCUGAUGUUUCAAAACCUAACUCCGUAGAACCAAAGCAAGGUAAGCCACCUGUAAUAGGCAGGCCAGGGAAUCCAGAUUCAUUGAACCCUGACAAGCAUGCUAUUGAGAUCAUGAAAGCACAGGACCAAUCAAUAACAAAAGUUCUAGAUUGGUUAAAUAAAAGUUCUGAAUCAGGUGGCAAUGACCCCAUUUUUUUGGAAAAUAAACCAGCCAGCAGCGAAAAUUCUUUUUUGCCCAUUCAUAAACGUGAUGAAGACAAUAAAGUACCACUGGAAACUUUAGCAUCGGGAAACACCACAUCUUCCCUUCAGCAAAAGUCACCUUCGUAUAAUCUGCCUGUAUCAUUUGUUACAGCACCACUUUGUACAAGUAAUAAAGUUGUCAGUACAAGAGAUGAGGGAAAUGUUGAGUUGACCCCCUUGGAAAACCUUGAAUUCAUUCAACAAGCAGAAGACCAUAUUCAGAAUUCAACUGCAGAACCACUGGUUUUUGGAAUAAGCAAAGGUGGUUUUGGUAAAAUCCAUGUUGCAGAAUAUAUGGAGAGCCAACAGAAAGAAGAUGCUAAGUCUCCUGCAAGACUUUCAUCUCUAAUGCAAAAGGACACUGUGCAAAUUGAUGAGAAUGGAGUACAACAAACCUUGGUGCCUGUUCUUAUCCAGGGCCAAGCCAGUGCAGAUAAACCGUCAGAAAUGUUGCGUAAGAAUAGUUCAGGGUUCUUAGAAAAUGGUGAGUCACUUUCACCUAUUAACACUGGCUUGUCAGAAGCAUUAGGAGAACCACUAUUGUUUGGCUAUUCUAAAGGUGGCAAUGGUAAAAUCCAAAGCCCGCUAAUGAUUGAGUUAGGUGACAUGGCCAAUAUUGUAGAGAAUACUGACAAUUUGGACUCCACUAAUCUAGAAAACCAAGUAACAUCAAUUAUAAGGGAUGAACAAACUAAAAAUAAAAUAACAGGUUCUGAUCAUGUUCUUCAGGAACAGCUUAUAGCAGAGAAUGCAUUGGCACCAUGCUCCUACCAGAGUGAAACUGAAAAUAAUAAUGAUAAACCAAGUGCCAAGACAAAUAAUGACUUAUGGACACAAGCCAGCAUCAAAUAUGUUCCUGGAACAAUGAAGGCUGUUCACAUUUUUAGGGAGAAUUCAAACAAAACCACUGGAGAGUCACUUAAUCUUGGAGAGGGUAAAAAUUGGCCGGCCAUUGAUUCUGGUGAAAAGGACACUGCGGAAUUUCCACAAGAUGCUGAGAAUACAGAUACUGGCAACCAAGUAGAUGAAGUUACACUAGCUAAUCACCAAGGUGAAUCAGUUCAAGAGUCAGGGUCAAAGAUAAAUAAUUUAGAGCAUAAGAACAUAAAUGAGGUUAAGCGUUUCUGGGAAAAAGGAGAAAAGGAAAUAAAUGGCCAAUCUGAAAUGAAAAGAUCUGUGUUAAAAGACGUUGAUGUCCUGGGAAGUCAAAUUCAUGUGAAAGAAAGUAUAGCGGCUUUUAGUCAGAAAAGUAGUUCAUUCGAAAGUGAUGAAGGCCACCCAGGCAUAAUAACAUUCAGAAGAGUAAUACUGGAUGAAGAAACCUUACCAAGCAUUGCUCAGCUAAAGACAUUCUGGGAACAGGAAAGGAACAAACUGGAACGCAGACCUAGAAAAGAAGCAACAGAAAGUGAAACAGGCCAGAGUGGAAUUAAAACCACUUUUGCUACACCACCAUUGAAUUUUGAUAAAAUGGAGAAACGAAAGAAGUCUAGAAAGAGACAUACCUUUCACUGCUUUUUUGAGAGUGAUCAGGAUUCCGUGCCAAAACAUGACUAUUUGGCUAGAGGUAUCUCAUUGAAUGAUGGUUCAGAUGAUCUAGACAAAAAGUACCAUUCUGCAGCAUUUCAAAGUUUAAGAAGUUUCUGGGAUGCAGGGAAAAACACUCGGGAUGAUGUGACGCUUCCACCAACUGGAAAAAACCUAGGACCACUAACUAUGCAGCCUGCUACAAGUAUUGACCUACAGAAUGGGCCAGACUCGAUGGCUUUUCAAGAGAAAAGUGGGCAAAUGUCCAAUCUCUCAGAUGAACAGCCAUCUCUACUUUGUCAUACAGACACAAAUAAUACAGAUAUUUUAAACAAAUCUCAGGCAGAAAUAAACCCGGAUUAUCCCAAUCCCCAAACUAGUUCUUCACAAGAACCUGUUUCAGAGACCAUUGUCAAAACUGUAGCUCCAUCUAAAGUGGAGUUUCACUUCAGUGAAAGAUUAAAGAAACUUAAGACAGAGAUCCUUGAAGAUGAUCUUGAUUUUGGAAGUGUGGCGCACCCCACUUGUGAAAGUAUUCCUCAAGGUAGAAUGAUUUCUGAACACUUUUCACAAGAUACAAAAAAGAUUGAAAUGAGGGAUCAGGACACUGAGAUGCUAAAACUGGGUCAAAAUCCUGACCAGAAAAGGUUUAAGAAUAGUCAAUCAAAUAUUGUUGAAGAAUCUGAUACAAUAUGCAAUAUACCCACAUCUGAAAUCUUUAUUCCCACAAAAGAACAAAUUGAGGAAGGCAUAAACAGCCCCAUCUCAGAUCUGAAGGAAAAUAAUACAUCUCUAAAGGAAGAUACAAGUUACCAGACAGAAUGUUCAGCACCCGCUUCUGAGGAAAGUGCUUAUGCCACACAGGAGGAGUUUCUAUCUAGUUCUGAAAGGGUUCCUCCUGAAGGAAGGUCAUUUAAUAACGAAUUGGAGAAUAGUGGCAAUGAUCUGGAGAAACGUAUUGAGAGGGAUCCUCCUCAAGAAGUAUAUGAGGGUGUAGAAAAAACAUUUCUGAAAAGAACUCCUCAUGACUUGAAAAGUAGCUUAGACAAACUAGUCAGAGAGUCUGUAUCACCUGCUGAGGGACAGUUACUUCCUUCAAUAGAUACAGAAAAAUUAUCUGUAUCUUCCCGGCCUUUGGGGCCACUUAAUUUUAAGGACCUUUCCAUGCCAGAAAAGCAGAGUAAAAAAGAAAUUAUAGAGAAGAUAGACAAUCCAGUCAUUCGAUCUAGACCUGUCUCUACUAAUUUUGAUACAGGACUGGCAAAGUUGUACAGAGAGUCACUUGAUCUGGAUCCUUCAGCCUUGGAAGCUUCAGCUCAAAACCCAGUGAGUGAUGAGAGUUUGUCUGCCCAGAAUUCUCCUUUUAUAAAUGACCCAGAACUACACGAUCAAGCAAGCCCUGAGGAAAGCAUUUCUUCUGAUUCUAUGUAUAGUGAUGCCUUGUCAGAGGUCAUAAACACUGUCAAGAGAACUGCCGUUCAGCGUAGGGCAUUCUUUGCUAAUGAUCUCCAAAAAUCUCAAGAAGUAGUAAGUGAUGCUGAAGACCUGAUAGGAGGCAGCCACUCAAAGCCCUUUAUUCAGACUGCUUCUGUCGCUGUCCGGCUCAACACAUACAACAGGAACAUGAAUGAGCAAGAAGUCCAUGCUGAUAGUUCCGCUAAAGGUGGACCAACUACAACAGCGUUUUCAGUGUCUCAAGAAAAAGCCACCACUGCUAGGGAUAAUCCUAAAGAAGAGGGUGCUGAUGACUACACAGUUGAUCCUCAUCAGCUCGUUAAGCAAAGUACUCCCCUUAAGGAAAGAAACAGCUCAUUGAGGAAGAGCACCAUGCAACUUUAUCUCGAAGCUCCCUAUCGAAGAGACCUUUCCAAAAGUAUUGAUUUUGAGCUCACCGGAUACCUUACCGAUGAGGCAGGCCAUCAAAAAUACCCAGACAACAGUUCGAUUCCAAAGGAGGAUAAGGACCAUACCUACGAAGAGGUCCGUGCAGAUGAAGCAUCGCUGGAGAGAAGUCAUUUUUCUGAUCCAGAGAAAUUAAAGCGACUGAGCCAGUCGGUGCCGUCCUUCCUCAAUGAUGAUACUGAUGGCAGAGAGACAGAUUCAGCAUCAGAAAACAGUUUUCAGCUCGGCAGACACAAGAAGAGCCCCAGUUCUCUAACCAAUCUUAGCGGCUCCUCUGGCAUGGCCUCCUUAUCUUCUGUGAGUGGAAGUGUCAUGAGCAUCUACAGCGGAGAUUUCGGCAACGUGGACAUUAAGGGCAACAUCCAGUUUGCUUUAGAUUACGCGGAUAACCUGCAGGAGUUCCAAGUUUUUGUUAGCCAAUGCAAAGAUUUGGCUGCAGCAGAUGUUAAGAAACAGAGAUCGGACCCGUAUGUUAAGGCCUAUCUACUUCCAGAAAAGGCAAAAAUGGGAAAGAGAAAAACAGGAGUCAAGAAGAAGAACUUAAAUCCUGUGUACAAUGAUGUUCUAAGGUACAAAAUCACCAAGAAUGCCCUCUUGAGCCAAACGCUAAAUAUCUCUGUCUGGCACUAUGAUGUCCUUGGGCGCAACAGUUUUCUAGGAGAAGUGGAAGUGAACUUGGGAUCUUGGGACUGGAGUAAUAAGCAGAUGAACUGGUAUCCACUGCAGCCUCGUACACCAGCUGCUGGAAUUGGUUUGGAAAACAGAGGAGAGAUGAAAUUGGCUAUAAAAUAUGUUCCAGAAGCCUUCAAAAGUGCCAAGAAUGCUGGGACUGGAGAGGUGCACAUAUGGUUAAAGGAAUGCAGUAAUCUCCCCAUGCUUAGAGGGAACAAAAUCAACUCUUUUAUCAAAUGUACGAUCCUUCCUGAUACAAGCAGAAAAAGCCGCCAGAAAACACGGACAGUAGACAAGACCCCAAAUCCCUAUUUUAACCACACCAUGGUUUAUGAUGGCUUCAAGAAAGAAGAUCUACGAGACGCUUGUGUGGAACUUACAGUCUGGGACCACAACAAACUGACCAAUCACUUUUUGGGCGGCUUAAGGAUAGGCUUAGGAACAGGUAAGAGCUAUGGAACUGCAGUGGACUGGAUGGACUCGAAUGCGGCUGAAGCCACCACGUGGGAUAAAAUGAUUGGUUCCCCUGAUACAUGGGUGGAAGCCAUACUGCCUCUCAGGAUGCUAAAGAUGGCCAAACUGGCCAAAUAAUUGGCAGCCGCUUCUGUUUCUCUUUCCAGGUUUACAUAGGCUAUAUUAGUACUAUUAUUGCUAAUUUUCCCAAAUAUUCUUGGAGAUAUUUUGCUUGUUCGAAGAGAAACACAUUGACUUAUAAGCCAACUGGUGGUAUAAUACUGCUAUGCACAGACCUCUACUAAGACACUUUCAUGCCUUUGAUGUAUUUCUCAUAUUAACAUGAUGGGAUUCCAACUGAGUAUUCUAUUCAAAUAGGCUGAUUAAAAAUAGACGUAUGAUUUUAUUAAAUGUACUGUAUAUACUAUCAAAGAUGACUUUCCUU